AUGCAAUUCUCUGUUGAAGAUGUCAAAUCUGUCUUAGGACAAAGAGGUCCUGAUAGUGUAGGCGAAAAGAAGAUUCAUCUUCGACCAAAUGUAUCAACUUGUGCUAAAAAAUCUGUGACUCUCUCUGUUUUUGAGGCUGGGGAAAGAGCUUGCGAGCUUGAGAAUACUACUUCUAGUGAAUUGCAUUUUACUUACAUUCACAAAAUCUUUGCAUCAGAAUCUCAAAAGGAUUCUAAAUUGGCAUUUUUGUGGCGAAAGACAGUUGAUGGUARGCCUAAGCCACUACAAGGUUAUAAUGAGUUCGAUCUCCAGUAUCAACAUCAAGCCUUUCUCCAUCGAUUUUGGACUGUUUCGAGAAAUCAAUUUACUGAGCAAGUUGAGCUAGGUGGCGCACAGCCUGCCAUCAAUAAAAACGCAAGCGGGAUAAUAAGUGCGGGACGAGCAAAGAGAUCUAUUGCUCAGCCUGAUGAUGUUAGAGAAAGAUUUAGACAAUUAAAAGAGCAAGAGAAGCGCAGCAAGAAGAACAAGACAGUUGCGAAGAUACAGUUGAACCGCUAG